AUGCAUUCCUUACAUAAUCCUCUAAGCAGUAACACAAGUGAUACAAACAGUCUAGGCACUUCGCCUGCAGCUGCUAUUAUUGUUUCUAAUUCUGUUACUGUUCCUACUAUUACUGCUACUACUACCACUACCACUACCACUUUAACAACAACAACAACAACUACUACUACUACUACUGGUAAUACCAGCACAACUAUGGCUGCUGGACUCAAUGAAAAUGAUCUAGCACGUGCAACCGCAGUGCUUAUGAGUUUUUCUCCAAAAAGUGUGCGUGUAUGUGUGGAUGAACCCGCUAGUAGUCGCACUAGUGUUAAGGAGAGAAGAAGUGCUGUUUCCUCCUCACAUCUCCAAGACCGACAAGUGCCAUCUGAUUCCUCUAGCACUACUUCUACAAACUCUCAUCCUAUGGAUGACACACGUUCUUCUACCCCUUUACUACCAUUGCAAGCAACAACACAGGAACCACAAGUACCAUGCAGUAAUGAACUCCAUUUGGGUCAACUUUCUUUUCUUACUAAUGUUGGUGAAAUGGCAAGAGUUGCCGCAUUAAAGAAGAGCUCUGAAAGGAUUCAUGGUGAAAAAGGACAACAAUCACAUUCCCAACAUCAACGUCAAGGCAGUCGUUUAGAAUGGGAUACCGAGUCUACUCCCAUGGGCCGAGGAAAACAACUUUCUAUUGAUAAACUUGUACAUUCAGAGGGACAACGGGUACGAUUACGUUUUAUACCAGCAUCUUCAUUAUAUUUACAACAAAAGUAUCUUAAAAGGACAGAAGAAAACACUUUGGCAGCAGAAUUUUACAUUGGAACCGCUGUUAGUAUCUCUACUAUUCUCUCUUCCUUUGCCCCACCAAAGGCCUCUUAUUGGGAAGAUGAUCGUCUGGUUGUGCCUUAUUUGGGUGAACGAUAUGGACCCGCCGCACAUCCACAUCGUAGUAACAAAAGUGAUGAAAAUGGCGGGGAUGAGACGGGCGAUGGUUCUGGGACUCGUAAUGGUAGUUGGCGAGAUGAUAAUAAUGAUAAUAAUGAUAAUAAUGAUGAUGUUUAUUACCCUGCCGAUGAGUCUGAAGAUAGUGAAAGUAUGAAUGAAGCUGAAGGUACAUGGAAUAGACGUCAUCGAGAAGAUAACACCAUGCGAUCAUACGGUAAACUUCUCACACAACAUCGCUGUCAGAAUGAACCAGUCUUUCAUGAUGCUUUCUUUCUUGACACUGGUAAUAUCACAGGAGGGGAACGACGGAAGAAACUCAUUGUAUUACCUUCCUAUCGUGCCUCUGUCAUUUCCUUUGUGGAUAAUAAGGUGCUGAAGAAAGAUAUCAAUAGUGACUUCUACGUCCAACACCCAGAACUGGAAGUACGUGAAAUUAAACUCACCCAUGUACGUCGUAUACGUGCUGAUCUGCUUAACUUCGCAUUAGAAGAAUCAUCACCAAUAGAAGUUGUUACGAUGGCAUAUGCAAAUUGGUAUCUGGAACGACUUAUUAUGCGUGGAAUGGUGGGUAAACGUAACCGUCGACUCGCUCUCGCUGUGUGUAUUUUGCUCGCCAUUAAGUUCAUUGAAACAGGUGAUAUUCAUCGCAAGAUACACUAUGCCAAAACACGUUUUCGUCAAGAUGAGGCCUUUGCGGGUGUUACUUGGUCAAAGGUGCAGGCGUGGGAGUUCACUGCAUACGUUGGAUUGGAGUUUACACUACUGCCAGAGAAUGGCAAUAAUGUAGUGGAGACACAUCUGCAACGACUGCUUGGACAAAUCAACGUCACUGCGCAGGAGUACUACAGCAAGAAAUUUGCUCUUCCAUAG